AGGCGGACGAUGCUGCGCCUGUGGGGAGGCGCGAGGCCGUCGCCAUGGCAGCGCCUCGGCCUAGCCCCCUGGGAAGCUAAGCGUUAUCUACUGACAGAUGAUGUUAUGAAACUGCAAGAAUUUCAGCAGAAGAAGGUGGCUACUUCUUAUCGAUUUCACGGCAAUAAAGAAACUUACUUUAGGAACAUAGAAGAAAAACUAACUAAGAAAGGGCUCAUCCUGAAGGAUGAGUUGAAAGUUCUGCUCCAUUUAUGUGAGAGUCAAGCAGACGUGGACCUGGCCCGAAAUGUCAUAUAUAGGUACCACGCGGAGAACAAAAAUGUGGCUUUCGGCGAGUUCAGGUUCGGGCCCCUGUUCAUGAGGCUGUGUUACGAGCUGGAUUUGGAGGAACCUGCAGUGCAGCUCAUCAAAGACCAGCACCUGCGGGGGUUCUUUUCCGACUGCACGUCAUUCAACAUUCUGAUGGACAUGUUAUUUACCAAGGGCAAUUACCAGAGUGCUUUGGAGGUGUUGAUAGAAAUGAGAAACCAAGAUGUAAAAUUCAGUAAAGAUACCUACGUCCUUGCCUUUGCAAUAUGCUUCAAACUGAACAGCGCGGAGUCUUUCAGAGUCUGCACCACCUUGCUGGAAGAGGCUGUGCUCAGGGGAGCAACACUGACUAAGAGGGCAUACUGUUUUGCCGCAGCUCUUGCCUUGAAGCAGAACCACGUGGCAAAGGCCAGAUCCAUUUAUUCUCGGAUCUUGAACCCAGGAAGCAGAGCCUGCAGAAAUCUGAAUAUCCUCAUCCUCGCGCAGUCCGAUUUGCUGGAAAGUCUUCUGCAGGCCCUAGAGGCAGCUCUGGAGCUGAACCCCUCGAGCCUGGUGAAGACCCCCGAGUUCUCGGAGGAAGUGCUGGCAACCGUGAGGGAAAAAGUGGCUACCCAACCAGCCCUGCGAGCCAGGUUUGAGGAGAUUUACGAUAAGCUGCGGACAUCGGGCCAGGUGACCCCAAAGCCUCUGGAGGCCUUGCUCUGCCACGUUCCUCAGGCCAGGAAGCCCCACGUGCUUUCCUUAAACAUGAGGCUCAAAAGCCGCCGGACUCUCCAGCCUCUCAGCUCGACUCUGUUGGCCGAGUAAAUCUGGGCUCGGAUGACGCCCUGACCCGAAGGGAACCCAGAACUGCAGCUGGAACCGCCGCCGGUGGCUUGCCUGCCCUGCGCUCUAGUGGAAACGAGACUCACAAUAAAAGAAUUAUUUUAUAAUUC